AUGCUGCUCCGCAAUAACUUUUGGUAAAGUAAACACCCACACAUGAUCAUGACUCCUUUGCAACGAUAGCACCAUGGCCUCAAGAUUCAAUUCCAAUCUCCACGAACGCUCGUCCAGAUCCUCCUUAUUCGGCGCAUACGAUGAGCGUGCAGGCUCGCAGUCACCAGGCGGGAAACAUGUGUCGAACGGUGGCUAUGGAUAUGGACUUCCGGCAAAUAGCAGUGCGCCUGCUGGAGGAGCAUUCUCGGCAUAUCCCGGGGCAAAUGGAGGCUUAGCCGCAGGGCAGCAACAGUUCAGAUCAGCGACGCCGAAUUCAAGAGGGCAGUACAGUUCUGCAGUACUGGACGAGCUAGAAAGUCAAAAUAAUGAUCAGAUGGAGGGCAUGGGAGCACGGGUAAAGAUGCUGAAAGACCUGACGAUGGCCAUCGGAGACGAGAUUCGAGACUCGAGUGCACUUGCUGAGAAGAUGAAUGAGUCUUUCGAAGGAACGAGACAACGAUUAAGAGGCACCAUGAACAGGAUGCUGCGCAUGGCAGAUAAGACUGGUGUUGGCUGGAGGGUAUGGCUAAUGUUCUUCGCAGCUGUGUCUUUGUUAUUCUGGUACGUGUGGUUAUUCUGAUAGAGGUUCACAACACUUUGAAACUGCAUUCUACAGGUCAGUAUGGAAGGUUAAGAGCACAAUAUUGCUGUACAUAUAACAGUGCAGAUUGAGGCGGGCGUUGCAUUUAGCUUAGCGCUGUAUCGCGCUUACUGGGUAUCAUAAUAUUUUCAGGCUUGUCUUGACUGCUGUCUCGCUUGUUGUUGUUGUGCCCUGCUGAACAGAUUGCCUGCGCCACCGCGACCUGCAACUGGACUGCUACCAAGAAACGAGCUACCUCCGAA